GAGCGAAAAGAUCGCCACAGAUCUCUUUGGGGGCGAGAGCAGAAAGAGAGAUUCGAAAGCAUUGUACUCUCCUGCGAUGCUCUACUGUACCUUGCUUCAAGGUCGUCAUCAGAAAAGGUUGUCACAGCGGUUCACUCCGACGACAGCAUUGUUUUUCCCUAGUCUUCUUCCUGCUGCCAGCUAGUUGGUGUUGCUGCCAUCUCUGUAUGCACUACGAACCAUGAACACCAGCAACCCUUCUUCUCCCGCCUCUCAUCAACCCCGGUCCUCUAGCCCGAUCGUGAUGGAAUCGUUUAGUGUGACCGACACCAACAAGAAGGCACGGAUCUCUGUCAUGAGAGUCAUUAGAACCAACGAAUCUUCCACAUCUGUGGGGCUGGUCACCUCCAAGACCACAGGCAUCACUAGUAGCGAGGACACACCUGUGGCGUCCCACAGCAGCCAAGAUGAAGGCGGCAAGAUCUUUUCGGCAAUAGCAGGUGUAUGCUCGGAACGUUCGGAACACCCGGUCCAGCAUCUGACGUCUCUUCCUGAAGAGCAGCCCCAAACCCCGGUCCAUCGGGAUUACCUUUACCCCUAUCAAUGCCACAACGAUAGCCGAGCAGUAAUUGACAGCACCAGCGGGCUGACGACCGGUAGCAGUGUUGGUAGUGGAAGCUUUCAAGACCAACGCGGUACUCCCAGACAAGGGGGUCGAGUCUUUUGCGGCGUGAUGAACGUACCAGAAACCAUGUCAACCACAGAAACGGUGUCUUGCGACGACGAGGCUUCCUCGGCUCUGGAAAAUAAUAGCGGACCCCAUCAGAGUAGCAACCUCGAAGUUGAAAGGAGCGCCUCGUCGUCGGCACUGGAAGUGACAAUAUCCUGCAAAGACGGUGAGCCCCCAAGAAUAUCAGUUGUUGCCAAAACACCCACGGCUGUCGUGGAAAUCAGAAGCGAUGACAGCUUUGAAAGCUGUCAUGAGUACAUGGGGAGUGUAACGCUGAUGGCGAGCCCUAGCAAAGGUUCUGCUGCGUCGGGUUCUUUCCUGGUUUCGAACUCAUCUUCGUUGGUUUCUACCGCUGCAGCUACAGCUCAUCACAUGGGAACAAAGAGCUUCCUAUGUGGAAUGUCAUCAGCUGCCGCAUGCAGGUGCCGAUGUGACAACACAGCAGAGUCUACAGAGGACGUACAGCAAAGCAGCAGCGGUGGUGUCUUGGCUUGUCACAAAUCCCAAUCAUUCUCAUACGAUCAGCAUGAGGAGACUGAAGAUGCCAUUGUUCUAUCCCGUUCCCCGGAAACGCCUCGGGGCAUCUGCCCUUCGCCAUUCUAUUCACGUCGUGAUGCAAGUAAUGUAUCAGAUGACUACACUGGAAACAUUGUCUACACAGAUGAUGAAGACGCCAGUAUUGGGAUAUCGCACAGAUCAUACAAGGCCAGGUCGAACUCCAAGAGUUCUCGCGAAAGCUCGUAUGAACAAGAAGAGUCAAGACUAAUGAUGCCCUCCAUUGCCCUCUUGUCGGCAUCCAGUACCGAAACCUCCAAACUGGCAACGCCCAAGGCAACAUCAAAGGAGAAGCAGCCACUGAGCGAGAUCGUGGAUGAUGACAAUGUCGCGAAUAAAAAGAAGAAGCAAGUCGACCGAAAUGGCAAAGGGCACAAGCGGACCAGGCCAGACCUUGUCGUAGAUGCAGCUAUGACAGCAGCUCAGGGAGGCAACGAUGUUGAAACGAGCACGACUCCUGUUGGUGUUCAGUUCGUGAAAGAGGCCCCCGCUGGCGACGAUGGGCACGAGGAGGAGGCAGAAGAAGCAGAAUCGGUGCUAGAUGAUGGCACUCUCCCUUCGGAAACUGUAAUGUUGGGGGUUGGAUGCUUGGGACCGAACGGAGCCAUGACGAUUCCGAUGGCAGAUUCUGAUGUAUAUUCUUGCCGUCAAACAGUGGUGGCCCAUGACGACACCGACUACAGUACAGACUCGGAAAUGACUGGUCCGCGGUUUUCUGGCGACAUGUCCGAGCUGAGAAGCGGUUCAACAGGCGAUGAAUCUAUUGGCCAUGUUUCCUCGUCGUCGUCCGAACUUACGGGACCUCGGUUGUCAAUAACUGUGCCACACACAUCAAGUCAAGAUUUUGACGAUGCUUUCAUGUCGCCAGUUGAGUAUGAUUCCUUUUUUGACCGAUACGAGGAGCCAACACCAGCGUAUUCCAUAGACAACAACAUCAUGAUGCUACCGGUUCAUCUACAAUUCUGCAAUGCUGUGGCGGAUGCUGUAGUGGGAGGAAGCAUCAGCAUUAGUGGCAGCAGCAUUCGGGCAAGCAACAGUCGAAAUGAAGCCCCUACGAUUGAUCAAUACGCUGAGUUCAGUGAACCUUUCGAAGAACACAUUGCCGAUGAGUUCGUUAAGGCAUUCAACAAGAAGUCGAAGCCAGCUAACGGGUCCGAUUACAUCGAAGACUGCACCGAUGAAACAGAUACUGAAAGCAGUCAAGCAUCUGAUGACGACGGUUUUACGAGCUGCGCGGGGUCUGAGUCAUUUGGUCCAGAAAACUUGGAGAGCAGAUCUGGAAAUGAUGAUGAAGCUAAGAAGCCAUACAGGGGAGUCAGCAGCGGAACUGAGGGGGUCAGUGGAAGCGGGGGAGUUGGGGAAACAGACCUCUCAGGACCACCGUCAGUCGUCGUGUUUGGGCCGGUUCAAUCAGGACCGGAGAGCACAACUACGUCGUCGCCAGCCCCCAGCAGCACAUCAUCAGUGGUAUCAAUAGCAGCAAUGGUUUCAGAAACGGAAGCGACCGGGCAGGAGCCACGAAAGGCUCACGAUGCAAAAGAACAUAUCAUCCCCGAUGCCGCUUCUGAUGUUCAUCCAGGAGAAGCAGGGACUAACAGUUCUCAAACUGCCCCAGAAUCGGGCCCGUCCGAAGCUUCGCCGGUUGGGUCGCCACAAACAAACGAACAACGAAAUAACACCAGCACCAUUUCAGAAAACGACGGGCGGGAUGUGUCCCCAGCAGAUGUUGUUGGGAAGCAGGGAAGUACUCAAAAGGUUCAUACCGAUAGAAAGCUCCCCCCACUGACACCAAUACAGGUGAACACAACUGAAGAUGAACUUGAAGUAGAAGCUGAAGCUCGACUUGAGGAACUGCGCACCCCGCAGCACAGCAAUCUAUCCUCGACGACAGCAGAGAAAGCUGCUAACGCUUUCAGCGAUGGCAACAAUGGAGAGUCCACCGACUUUACUUACUUCUUUCGAAACAUUGCCUGCCCAAACGAUUCAGGAAUUGACCAAUCCUUGGUGUCGACCGAAGAAGGCUUGCCUGGAAACGAUCUUGUUGACAAGCUCCGGUCCAAUUCUGGUGACGGAGACGUCAAACAAACUGAUUCCGCAGAUUUCCGUCGCCUCAAAUCCUCCAUCAAGGACACAAGCAAGCAAAGCAAAAACGAGGAAGCGACAACUGGAUGUAUGAAUCUGUGUGGGCACAACCACAGAAGCUCUGAUGAAGCCGAAAAGAAGACAGUUGCUGCUGACUCGAUGAACUUGGAUAGUUUCCUUGAGUCACAAGAUACAACUGUUUUGGCUUCGAAUCGUGCAGCCUCCGUUUCUUUCGUCGAAUCAGGAACAAUGGAGUCGAUCUCCGAAACAACAUCCGAGGCUUUAGUUCAACAACCGUCAAGAAUCUCAAAAAGGUCGUCCAAAGAAAUAUCUUCGUCUGUUGGACAGGUUUUGGAAUCAAUUUUUUCUUCGCAAAGCAGCGAUGGCCUGGAAGUUGCUCCUGUUUCCACUGCACCUUCUGUACCAAGCAGCGCAUCGUCCUCCGUCGAAGUAGAUGCUGAUCAAGUCAUCCGUGCAUAUUUUGGUUCAAGUGUAGAUGGCAGCAAUGGGAGCAACAGCUCUGACGUUGGAAUUGAAACAACGCUGCAUGUAGGCAAAGGCAUCUUCCUGACAUCGACACUGAAUGCCAAACCGAAGAAGAGGGAAGCCAAGGACGUGUCGAGUUCAGUAGAAGAAUUAUUGUAUGAACUCUUUUCGGCAUCUACAGAGGGAGACGACGGUGAAGACGACGGUGAAGACGACGACGACGAAGAAGAAACCGUUGAAGAGACUGCUAGCGGGGAGACAUUCCGCACGGAAGUCCGUUCAGAAGAGGCGGAAGACCAGUUCCUUGCAGAAAUCACGAACGAUUUCUUUGACCUAUUCAAUGUCUCCACGUCCAGAACAGUUACUACUCUCGAGACUCUCGAGACUCUCGAGAGCAAUGAGCUCGAUACAAGUGGCGAAACAGAUUUACUGGAGCUGUCGAUUGGGACUGGAGAUGACGCUUCAGUGCUCGAAGAUGAUGCGACCUUGAACUCACUUGACCUUGCGAACUUACAGGGCUGCCAGCAGGAUGUGAAUAAAGGAGUAGCUCCGAUGCAAGCAAAAAUGGGUCUCGACGAUGAUGCGACUGCAGAAGCACUACUAGUCGGCGAUACAAAGCGCAUCGACAAAGCUACAGCUGAGGAAUCCUUUGAUCGCAACGAGAAACCCGAUGAAGCAGAUUCCAGCAUGCGAACAGUUUCAAAAGCGAUUGUGCCGUUUGCUCCGAUGCCUCCUCCGAUGCCUCCUCAAAGCACAGCCAAGCCCAAGAUUAUCAAUUUGUUCCCACUUUACCCAAGCCUUGGGCGUUUCAUUGUGGAUGAACACAGGCUGACGGUGUUGACAAUUGGAAACACGUUCAUGAACGCCCCAGAGCCCAUUGCAAGUCUGUUGACAUCGACACCAUUGAUUCAAGAUUUGCUGUCGUCCUGCGCUUCAAAGCCCAUGACCAUGACGACACAAAUCCUGGGUGAUAUCGUAGGAAUUCCAGCCACCACUGCUCAGCGGCUGUGCAGUGCUGUAGAGUCGACAGAACCCAACGAAGCGUCAUCGGUGCCACCGACCGUCUCGAAGGAUUCUGAUCCCGCAACAGCAGCAUCGUCCACCCCUCUCGGCGGAUCCCUCAGGUCCGAAGACAAGUUGGCUUCAGCAAGCGCAUCCGAGAAUCCAGAGUGGUCGUUUCUUGAUCUGGAGAAAUCAAUCGACCACUCUCUCGAUAGUUUCAUCAAUGACCUACUCAACCCGGAUGAAAGUGACAACGAUGAAACCGAAAUGACAACCGAAGAGACCGCGCUUCAGAAGUUGCUCACGUCUGACUGCGAAGAUAUAAUCGCGAUCACGAAGAAACAGAAGGAAAUGAAAGAGUCUCUGCAGCUUGAUCUCGAUCCCAGUAUUUCCUCUGUUGAAGACGAAUCUUGUACCAGCUCACCGAGUUUUGGGUCCGGACUCGGCAAGCUGAAAGCCGCAGCUGCCUUAUUAUCUGACGGCGAGUCCCUUCCCAACGACUCUUCUCUUGAUGACCAGUCAGAAGCUUCGAAGAAAAAGGAAGAUAUGUUAGAUGGCAUGACGCUCGGAAUUGCUGGUCUGCUUGGCCAGGAGGAGAUUUCCAGACUAGUUGAUCCUCAUGUGGACCUGCCGGAGCUUUUUGCCAACGAGCAUUUUGGUAGCAUAUCUGAAAUGGUUCAAGAAAUUCAUCUAAUGAAAGCAAUUCAGCUGGAGCAGAAGUCGUUAUCCAGGUUCGACGAUGAUGCCUGUACAGAAUCUUCUGAUUCCGCCUCCGCAGACUUUUCGGAAAACGAAAGGCUACAGCGACUCCUCGUUGUGAAGUCGGUUGAAAUUGAGAGGCAGCGACACAAAAUUGCAGCUUUGCAGCAAGAACUUGAAGAUGAGAUCGUUAGUAUCCGUUCUGCAAUAGAAUCGGCUGGAUCACUGGUGUCCGCUGCAUCGGAUGAUUCACAAGCUGUUGACCAUGUGAGCACUGGAAUGUCGAUCGACGACAUUCAAGGUUGGCGGAAAAAGUUCUCUCCCUUGCGUAAAGGGAGCGAUGUUGUUCCAGCUUGGACCAUCGCCGAGUCGACGGCCACCUGCGGAAACAUUGACAGCACAGAACGUUUCGAGGAAGGUAUUGAAAUACAGUUGCAAGAAUUCGAUGACGGCAUCAAAUCAGGCAGCCAGGAUGAGAGCCCUACCUUGUCAACAACCGAGUCAGGAGACGACAUAGACGAUGGACUUGAUGUUGAGAUGCAGGCUCUCUCCGAUUUUGAAAUAGAGCUACGAAAAGAAAUGGUUAGUGCAGAAGAAACUUACUCCCGAUCUGGUUCGAUGUCCUCCAACAAGAGCACCUUUGGGGAAGCUGAAUCAGUGGACCAAUCAGGAGAUGUAGGCGCCGAACCAGGAGAUCUUCAUGCUAAAUCUGGAGGAGCUUCGGUAUCUGACGAGGCCGCAGAGACUCAACAAGUGGGGGCAGUUGAGAGUUGGUUGAGUCAAAAAAGCGAUGAGAUAUUUCAAAGUUGCUGUCGAACGAAAGAGCUUGAAUCCCCAUCAAAACGCAAAGUGACAUUUUCUGUCCAAACUGAAGAGUAUUACUUUAUGGACAACGACGCGGAUGACAACAGCCGCGAGGAUCGAAAAAUAUCACCGACAUCGAAAACGACUUUGUUUGAGUUCGAAGAAAUGCCAACAGGCUUCACCAACGUUUUUGUUGCAAUGAGCUCUGCCCUCGGCUUGCGAAAAACUCCUCACCGCAAGGCCGGGACGGCAGGGCACCAGAGUACCAGUACCCACAAAAGUGGAUUGUAAUAUUUUCCUAUGUUCAUAAUAUUAUGUAACUUCACUUCUUUUUGCUAUGAUG